UUUAGACUUCUCUGCUAAACACAUGCGUCGUUUGUUAUGCAUUUUAUCAUUUUUAUUCAGACUAUAAAAUAUAUAUUGAAACAUAACUGUAUGGUUGGCUUUCAUGCCACUUUAAGUCAUUUCUAGAUAUUAAAUAAACCUAAUCAUGCGAUCACGUGUAAUAUAAAUUAUUAAACGAUUUUAAAUAUUCCUUUACUUUUAGUAUUUCCUCGUAUGAUUGUAAGCACUUUAGAUAUCGUGAUAACAACUCGACGAUAAUCCCAGUUCCUCCCAGUUGGUGUCCACCACCACCAAGAAGAAAAGAAGAAGAAGAAGCCCACGGAGACAACGCCAACACGGCGAGAUGCCUUUGGCUAAAGACCUCCUUCAUCCUGCUAUUGAACAUGAGCGAAGACAACACAAAAAGAAAAGACUUGUUCAGAGUCCAAACUCCUAUUUCAUGGAUGUGAAGUGUCCAGGUUGCUACAAGAUCACUACUGUGUUCAGUCAUGCACAGACAGUGGUUCUGUGUGUGGGAUGUUCCACAGUUUUGUGUCAGCCUAAAGGAGGAAAGGCCAGACUCACAGAAGGUUGUUCUUUCAGGAGGAAGCAACACUAAAAAGGAAUCUCAUAAGAGGUGUAUUGUCAAAUCCCUGGUUGAGAUGUCACUAUGCAGAGGAUAAAAAUCACAUUUGUGGUUUUAUAAACUUGGUAUCAAAUAUGCCUUUUAAUACAAUGAAGUCAAUAAAAAGGUGGGAACAAUUGAA